UAAGUGUGCCUCGGUAGAGCUGCGUGAAGUGCCAACGAAGGGCGGACUCAUCCUGGCUCCCGCGGCUGACGCCUCCGCUUGCGGACCGUGAGGGGAGGCUGCUGCUGGCUUGACGCCUGCGCGGAGGGGCGCAGAGCAGCGCAGCGAUGGAAUCUUCGGCCUUCAAAGUUGUGUGCGACUCCUGUGAUGCGAAGCUUGCGACUGUCUUCUGCCACUCAGACGGCGCGUUCCUGUGCCCACAGUGCGAUGCCCAAGUGCACAGCGUCAAUAAGUUGGCGCAGCGGCACGUGCGCGUCCCUUGCCAGUCCUGCCCGGUAUGGGCCUACCGGGAGGCCAAGUCGCGAGGAAGACUCCUGGACAUGCCCCUGGCGGCAUGCCUGACGCGCAACCUGCAAAUGGACAUCUUCGACGGCGCCACCCCAUGGCCCGCCACGGCCACCAACCCGAGCAGUGCGGCCACAGGCGCCAUGGGCACCCCACAGUCCGACACCUCCAGCCCGCAACCCACGACGGGCCUGCAACCGCAGGCCGCCUCUCCCGGCAGUGAGGCGCCCUCCGCCGCGCCCAACACUCACGCUGCCGCCGCGUGCGCGUCAUGGCCGCGUAACGGUGGUGCGCUGGCCGCGGCGGCCUCCAACACGCAGGCGGUGCCGCAGCCCAGCCUCGGCGAGCGGCCCAUGUCACCGGAAGAUCCGAUCGACGUGGCGCGCAACCCGCUGGCCAUGUCGCCGUUCUCCACCUGCAGCGGCACGCUGCAGGCCGCGGCCUCGGCCGGCCCUUCGGUGCCGGCACACGCGCAGGAGCGGUGGAGCCAGCAGGGCGUGGCGCAGGCGCACGGCUCCGCCGCGGCCGCACCUGGACAGCUGGCGGUUGCGGCCGCGUCUCAGCAGUCGUUACAGCGGGCCGCCAGUCAGGAGCUGAUGGACGCGGUGGACAGCAUGGACGUCGCCAUGCUGCUGGACACAUUCGGCGCGCCGCUGGACAAGGUGCAGGAGCAGCAGCAGCAGCAGCAGCAGCAGCAGCGCAAGCAGCCGCCUGCGCCACAGAUGUCCGGCAAGCAGGCAACAGACGCCCUGCUGCAGCGGCAACAGCAACAGGAGCAGCUGGUGCAACAGGCCCAAGCGCAGCAGCAGGCCAUGCAAUACGCCGCAGUCGCGGCAGCUGCGACAGUACAGCGACAACAGCAGCAAGUGAUGCCGCAUUCGCUGCAGCAGCAGCAGCUGCAGCAGCAGCAGCAGCUGCAGUCCACUGCGCUCAUGUCUGCGGCUUCCACGUCUUUUCCCGGCGCUAUGCAGCAGCCGCUGGCGGCGGCCGCCGGCUGGCCCUCAAUUGCGCAGCAGGCUCAGGCCCGGGCCCAGAUGCAGAUCCAAGUGCAGGUGCAGCCGCUCCCGCAGUCGCAGUCACAGCCGGAGCAGCAACACCAGCAUCAGCAACAGCUGCUUCAGAUGCAGCUGCAGCAGCGGCAUGCACAGGUCGCAGCCGCUGCAAACCUGGCGCUGACCGCCUCAGAGCCCAUGGCGGUGCCGGGCCAGCGCCAGGCGUUCGCCAUGCGGUCCCUGUCCGGCCUGUCCUGCGUGUCCAGCAGCCACAACAACGAGGGGCCGCAGCCGCUGGGCUCCGCGCGCAGCAGCAACACCGUGCUCAUGCAGUCGCUGGAGCAGCAGAUGGGCGCGGCCGCAGGGAACAUUGGCGGCGGCGUGGCCGUGACGCUGUCAGGCGUGGCGGCAAGCCUUCCGGCGGGCAUGUCCGACCUCGCUGCCAUGCAGCGCCUGCAGCCGGUGCAGCAGCACCACCAACAGCACCAACAACAGCAGCAGCAGGCGGCAGUGGCGGCGUUGGCGGCGGCGCAGCAGCAGGUAAAUGCGCUGCAGCGCUCAUCCACUGGCCCCUGCGACGUGCCGCGCACGUCGCCCAUCGCCAUCGGCUCCGGAAUGAAUGCCGCAGCCCUGGCAGAGGCAGCGGCGCGGCGCAACGCCUCCCUGCGCGCCGGGCUUGGCCUAGGCGUGGGGCUGUCUGAUCCCGGCACGGGCGGCGGCCUGCGCGGCCUUUCGCUUGCAUCCAGUCUUCCGUGCGGCUCAGCCUCCGGCACCUCCGGCUCUGGACUGGCUAACGCAGCCGCCGGGCUGGGACCGGCCGCCGGCUCCAUGACGGCGUUUGCCAUGCCGCCGCCGGCGUCAGCUGCAGCCGUGGCGGCCGCCGCAGCGCAGCACCAGCAGCACCAUGCUGCUGUCUCGCAGGUGCUGCCGCCAGCCGUCAACCUGAUGUCCGGCAUGCAGGUGAACGCGAACGCGGGCGGUGCCAACAUCGCCGGCAUGGCGCGCUCCGUGGGCGACGCCUCGGCGGGCGGCAGCUUCGGCACCGUGCCCAUUGCGCCCAUAUUGGGCAGCGGCGGCUCCACCUCCGUCAGCCCCAACUGCAACAGCGCCUGCGCCGCCAACACCCUCGCCGGCGCGAACAGCGAGCUGGGGGCCCUGGGGGCCGGCGGCGGCGGCGGCAUGCUGGGCGGCCUGUCGCCGCAGCAGCUUGCCGCCUGCGCUGUGCUGCCGGGCUCCGCGCCGCCGGCUCUGGGGCUGGCCACCUCACUGUCCAUGGUGGCGAGCCGCGGCGGCUCAUGCGAGCUCAGUGACGCGGCGCUGACCACGCGCAUCAGCAGCGACGGCCUGGACGUGCUUGCCGGCAUGGGCAUGGGCAGCCUGGGCUGCGCGGCCGGCAUGUUGGGCAUGAGCGUCGCCGAGGCGGAGGGCCUGAUGUCUGGUGGUGCGGGCGGCGAGGGUGGCAACAAGUUCCGCCACAAGCGUGUCAUGCGGAUGAAGGCCAUCGCUGACGGCGCCAAGAAGGUGCGCGCCGCCGAGUGCAAGAAGACGCUGGCCGACGCGCGGCGCCUGCGCGGCCGCCUCGCCAAGGCCAACUCAAGCGGCGACUUGGGAGAGCUGUGUGCGGUGGAGGAGGACGGCACCGAGACGGAGGCGGACGCGCUGAGCGGCGGCACCGGAGCCGGCGGCGGCGGCGGCAUCGGCCCCGAGGCAUCGGUGUGCACGGCGCCUGCGGGCACCGGUCACCACCUGCCCGGUGUAUCCAGCGGCGGCAGCUGGGGCCUGGGCCACGGGCUGGGCGGCAGCUUCCACCAGCAGCACCACAUGCAGCGCAUUGACGAGGAGGGCGGCAUGAACGAGGGCAGCUCGCACUUCACCAACAUGUCCGCCGCCGCCACGCCGGCGGCGCUGGCCGGUGGUGACGCCGGCGCGAUGGCGCUGCGCCGUGCGCAGAGUAGCAGCGUGUUGGAGGUGGCCCGCGGCCACGGCACCAUGUCAGCCCCGGGGCCGCUGAUGCUGCAGCAACAGAAGAAGCCGCAGCUGCAACAGGCCCUACAGCCGCAGCAACAACAGCAGCAGCAGACUGCGUCGCUGCACGCCAACGCAGUGGCGGCGGCUGAGCUGGCCCUGGCGACCCAGGACUGCGUCAUCACGGAGCAGGACCUGGCGGCGCUGGGUUUUGACGACCUGCCGCAGCUGUCUGGCGGCUUCAGCAACGGCACGGCGCUGAACAAUGAAGACAUGGAUGAGUCGGCUGAGUCCAACGACGCGGCACGCAACUCGCAGAAGCACUCGCCCGAGGACCAGCAGCAGCAACAACAGCAACAACAAUACCGGCAGCAGCUGCUGCCGCAUCAAAGCUCUCUGCAGCACCAUAACUCCUUUGACCACGCGCAGGCCUCGGCGCAGCACCAGCAACAGCAGCAACAGGCUGCUAUGUCGCACGUGCAGCAGGCGCUGUCAUCGCAGGGGCCGCCGCCGCAGCAACAGCAGCAGCAGCUGAUGGGGCCGCCGCCGGAGCCUCAGCCGCUGGGGCUCCAGCACUCGAUGUCGGUGCAGUCCAUCCAGUCCAUGCAGUCCUCGAUGCCGCCGCCGCAGCAGCACCAGAUGGGCCUCCCGCGCGGCACACCGGCGCAGUCGAUGGCGAUGGGCAUGGGCUCGGCCCAGGCGCAGCUGGAGCAGCAUUUCGUGAUGCAGCAGAACCAGGCCCACGCGCAGGCCCAAGCGCAGGUGCAGGCACAGGCCCAAGCGCAGGCCCAAGCACAGGCACAGGCGCAGCAGCUGCAGCUCCAGAUGCAGUUGGCGCAGAUGCAGCGCGGUCAGGUGCAGGUGAUGGUGCAGCCGCAGGUGGCGCCAGCGGUGCAGCUGCAGCAGCAGAUCCAGCAGCUGCAACAGCAGGUGGCCAUGCAGCAGGCGCUGCAACUGCAGCACCAGCAACAGCAGCAACACCAGCAGCAGCACCAACAGCAGCAGCAACACCAGCAGCAACAACAACACGCCCAGUUGCAGCAGCAAGCGGUCAUGCAGCACCAGGCACAAUUGCAGCAACAACAGCAGCAGCACAUGCAGGCGCAGCUGCAGCUGCAGCAGCAAUACCAGCUGCAGCAGGCGCAGCAGCAGGCGCAGCAGCAGGCGCAGCAGCAGGCACAGCAGCAGGCGCAGCUACAGGCGCAGCAGCAGCGCAGCCUGUCUGUGCUGGACCGCCCAAUCAUGUACGGCACGGACCGCUCGCAGUUCUCAGCAGCCCAGCUGAGUCUGCUGGAUUCAAUCCUGACUGACCAGUACAAGCCCAGUGGCAUGAGCGGCCGGCACUAGCCCGCCACCUCGGUGACUCGGAGCACGCAACGCGAAAAGCGUGAAGCAAACAUGCCAACUGGAGCAGUGCGUGUUGCGCCGCCUAGGCCUAGGUCUGUGAUGCAUUUAUUCGUAUGGUUUCGGCGCUGUGUCCCGCUUUGCGCUUGCCUGUUUGUUGUGAUCUGUAUUUGUGGCAGGAGCUUGGGCUGGGUGAGGACAGCCCGAUCAGAUAAGGCUAAGCUUUGUUCCUCGGCGUAAUACAGUAUUGGUUACAUGCCAUUGGCAGGGCAAGCAGUGCCGACAGCAGGACUGAGUCGAUUCCCUCACAUGGCACUGCAGCACACGUGGGCAUUAAAACAAAGGUUUACGCGACCGUUUGGCAUGCUCGAUAAAGGAUGUUGCCGCGAAUCUUGUACGGUCGUGCCGCGCGCGUGUGUUGUGCUUGCAGCGUUGGUGUGCUGAAAAUUGGUGUAGCAUGCAUGGCUAAGCUCGUCGAUACUCGUUUCGUGAAAGCGUGUGCGCGUGAGCGUGUGUACACUUGCCGGGUGCCGAAGCGAUGCGGAUGUGCGCGGAGGUUGGGGAGAAAGCCGCUGGUGGGUGUCUGGGGGUUUAAUGCGCGACACGGGGAGGUUCGGGCUGACCGAGGGCAGCAGCAAAGAGCAUGAGAGACAGGGAUUCUCUUGUGACCUGAAGAUUGAGCAGGGGGCGUUUUGCCAUGAUGGGGGGGGGUCUUGGAACGCUGAGCGCACGCUGCUUUGGAGCCAGAGAGGCGCGUCCAUGUGCUGUUGUUGUAUAGGCGCAAUGGAAAUCAGUCGGGAACAAAUGUGGACUUGCAAUGCCUCCAGCUCGCUUGGUACGGCUUCGCAAGUGUUGGCGAUGAUACGAACAAAGUGAGGGGGACCGGGAUCAAGCCAUCAUUUUAAUACGGGACAGUUGCCGCACCUAAGGCGGCCCUUAGCGGUCGGGUUAGUCCCAGCAGGUUGGUACGGUCUGUCAGGGGGGUUACGGCCAGCAGGCCCGCGCGCAAGGAUUGGCGUGCGGGAGCCUUGCGCAGCCCUGAACCUAACGCUGCGAGUGCUAUUGUAUGUACCCACCGUGGGGAUGUUCGCACCAACCGUAGUCGACUGGACACCGAUAUUGCUUGCCGGGCGCCGGCUAUGCAACUACACUAUAAUACCUGUGUUUUGGGGUAGUCUCUGACGGCUAGGAUUCUCUCUACGGGAUGGUCUCAGCCGCCGAAACCACGAUAAUGUGUGUGUGAUGAUACCGCUCAUCUUAGAUCUCGGGAUGUCUCCGAUGCGCAUGGAGCGGCGCCGGGCCGGCUCCUCCCCUUGACUUUCCUGGAAGAGGGGCCGUGUAGCUUGGAUGCUUCUGGAGGCGCCUGGCACAGGUGCUGCUGUACUAGCAGUAAACUCGCAGAAUAAGGUGCAAAUGGGCACGCAGUGGCAAACAUGGAAUGCGGCGAGCAAAGGACUGGAGGGCUGGAGCACGGUAAACUGUGGUGUUGGGGGUUCUCAGGUGUAGCACCCAUCGGCGGGGUGUGGACGACUGACAGUCACGUGGCGUGGCCACAUGUAGGACCUGGCCUCACGUUGAGCAGGCUUCCCUGCCUGUGAGGUACGAGCAGAAGGGGCACUCUUCAACUUCGAGGCAAGAUAGCAGAAUGCAGAUGGGUCGCUGAAUUGCCGUAUUGGCUAGCUCGUGUGAGCAAGUGCGGUGAAGUAUGGCUUGAGCAUUUUGAUGUAAUAUACUAAGCAG